CUCUCAUUCUCUCUCUGUUGUAGGCCUAUUAUUGUGAGCCAGCCGGUGGCGAGCUGUGAUUUGUUGUUUGUUAUUCAGCCAGCUGUAUGGGGCAGUAGUAGUAGUAGUAGUAGCUGUCAGUGACUGAUCUCCUCUCCAUGGCCUGUCGUCCCCCCGGCUCUGGCUCCUACACUGUGGUUAUCAUCCCGCUCAGGACCGGCCUCUACAGCCUGGACGCACUUCGCUUCUACCUAUGGGUUAAGCGUCUGAAGGACCUAGAGAAGGAGAAGGACGCUCUGUGCUCCGGCCUGGAGGUUCUGGAGAAGGCCCGUCUCUGGUACCUCCAGCGGCUGGAGGAGAACAGAGCCAGGCAGGGCAGCAUCAAGACCAAAACUGGGGUCGGAUCCUGCCAGGGAGGCGCAGCAGAGGCCCGGUCUUGCCUCCUCAGGUCUCGGAUCCAGCGGGCGAAUGGCUCUCUGGGUUCUGUGAUGAGUGAGCCCAAUGUCACUAGCGGGAGCAACCCUUCUUUGCAUGACGCGGUGGCAGUGAGUGACCUCCGGUGGCACAACACAGUACUAACUCGGGUAGGGAGAAGAAAAAAUGUCUCAUGUUCAAGAAGGGGGAAGUCAUUUAAUUUACUAUUAGCCUUAAAAGGCUUCAAACUCUUUUUAAAAAAAAUCCUGUUUGGUACUCAUUUAUUUAUUUGGGGUGAUUUUCCCCUUUAAUUGAUCUUUACAAACAGGGGAUGCUUUUUUCAUGAAUCUUGACUUAUUCAUCUGUUUGUGUUUCUAUGAUAUGGCCAUAUUUUCUUCCUUUGACAGGAGGUGAGCGACAAGAAUCGUCAGAUAUCCAUGUUAGAAUUGGAAAAAGACGCACUCGUGGAAAAGCUGCAGGCCCAUUGAU